UGCACAGUUAGUUGUUCAUGAACAUCCAGCGCACAUCCUGUUCAAUCGUGUCCAGCCGAAGAAUUCUGCUCCCAUGUUUUGAGCCCGCUUCAGUGGGAAUACGGUACUAAUAUGUCCACCGGGUCUCUCAGCGAUGUCGACGACGAGCUCCUGGACGGCAUCCUGAAGUUUGGUUCCUCCGGUAAAGAUUCCAACGAGAGCACGGAGGAGAGCUCAAACUGCGAGGGCUCAUGCGCAAACGAGGAACGGAGAGAAACGCCCGGCAAAAAACGGAAGACAACGUCCAGGAAAACGGCGCCCAAGGGUGUGGCACAACAGGAGGGCAAGCAGGUGCAGAGGAACGCGGCCAACGCCCGGGAAAGAGCCAGGAUGAGAGUCCUGUCCAAAGCCUUCUCCCGGCUUAAGACCUCCUUACCCUGGGUACCACCGGAUACCAAGCUCUCCAAACUGGACACACUGCGCCUGGCGUCUAGCUACAUAGCGCACCUCCGACAGAUACUGGCCAACGACAAAUACGAAAAUGGAUAUAUCCACCCUGUUAACCUGACGUGGCCUUUCAUGGUUGCAGGUAAACCGGAGAACGAUUUGAAGGAGAUGCUGAACUCAACGAGGUUGUGCGGAACUACGGCGUCUUGAUGCAGCUCAGUGGCAGCAGCUCUUUGCCUUUUUAAAGGAACAAUGAAAAAAAAAUCCUAUAGUGACUGAAAUGCAAGUCUCAUCUCUGCAGACUUUGAGUGGGAAUAACGGGAGGGCAUCCCACUCUCCUUCGUUCCCGUAAAGAAAAAAAAAUCGUUUAUUUAAAUGCAUUGUGAUCUUUUAUCUUUGCUGGUUCAAAGAUAAACUUUGUACUUUAAAUAGCUUUUUUUCGUUUUCUUUUUCUUUCUUCUUUUUUUUUUUUCCUUUUUUUCCAACAAACAGUAAUAAUCUGCAGAUGCGUUUUUACUGAUGCAGGCCUGUGUUUUGCGAUUGUCUUAUGAUGGAUGGAUGAUUUGAUGGAUGGCUGGAUAAGGCACAUGAAACCUGCUCAAAUUGUUGUACAGAUUACAUGAAGUAUAUGAAAUAUAUUUGUACCACUUUUACACUCUGUGUAAUCAGUCCUUAUUAUUUUUUUCUUGUGUGGGCCAAUAGUUUGACCUGGCAACCCGCCUUAUCGCUCCAUCCCUUCAGAAUAGCAGACCCUGCCCACCAACAAAGCGUAGGUACAGAUAGCCCGAGUCUCCCUCUGUUGUGUCUGAAAGAUAACAGUGGACAAAGCUGUCGUUACAUAAACAAACGUUUGCCUUGGUAGAUUAUGUGGGCGUUAUAAAGGAGUUACUCUUCUUGUGGCGUAAACAGGCCAAAUAGGCCAAAUCACGUUUAUCUCGUUGCUAACUUUGCUGAUAGGGUAAAUGCAAGAAAGGUAAAUAAACCGGGUGCCAGUUUGAGAAGUAUCAUUGUUGUCACUGACUUUUACUUUUUUUUAAAUUAUUUUAACCUAACUGUCAGGGCUGUUUAAUAACAGUUUAUUAUCUUAUUUAUGAAGCUACACCGCUAAAAUAUGAGCAGCCAUCGUCGUUUUUCGUUAGCUUAAUUGCAUUUUGCCUUAUCAACUCACGCGCAUGCGGUGAUUGGAUUGACUAAUUAGCAUUCGGCCAAUCAGAAGGGAGUCGCUGGAGGUCAGCGGACGCUGGAGUUUUUUUUUUUUUUUUUUUUAGACGUAGAAAACCUGCUUUAAUCCCGCCCAGACCAGUUGUUUUAAUUUGCUCGGGUUAUGACCGCUGUGUUUACAUCACGUCGACAGUUAUUUAUGCGCUCUGACACAAGGCCUCUCCCCCUUUGUCUCUCUCACUUUUCUCACUGCGGUUUAUUGGGAAUGAAAAAAAAGAGAGCGCAAAAAAGGGAGAAAGCACUAGUUUUCACUUACUCCUUAAAAACAACUAACUAAACACCUAGGCUAUAACCUAUAUGACCUCUGGAGGUCAAGUACUCUUUCAAGUCAGAAAAAAUAACACGUAGUUUUCAUACUUUUAGAAAUGUAGAGAAUUUUUA